AUGGAUGAAUCCGGUAUCCAACUUUACAGUUUAAUAGACCAGAAUGCAAUUGGCUGCUGGAAUACACGUCUACCAUUAAAACCACAAAAUACUGCUAUAGCGGAUAAAGAUGACGUAGGUCUUGUUUUUCCAAGUGACGUUAAGAUUGAUCGCGGUGGAAACGUCUGGGUUAUGUCUGACCGGAUGGCUGUAUUUUUGGAGUCAGAAUUGGAUUACAGUGACAUCAACUUCAGAGUCUACACUGGACAGUUAGAUACCCUGACUAAAGGAACAGUGUGUGAGGCUCCUCAGCUUAAAAAAGUGAAUACUAUACCGUACCAGGAUCCUAAUCCGCCACAGGUCUUUCAGAAUUAUGAAAAUCUACCCCGUAAUCCACAACAAAUUACUCUAGUUGGAUUGCCUUCACCGUAUAAUCCCCAAUUCGGUUCAUUAGAUACUCAAAAUGUUAUACCGAGAGUCCAAAAUCAAGCAGUAAGCCGAGUACGUAAUCCCCAAUCCUAUAUCAUCUCUGCAACACGACCCCCAAUAAGCCGAGGACCCUGGUGGGUGAAAGAUUACCAGGUUUAUGAAUAG